CGGAGGAAAAAAGAAACACAACCUUUAAUAAUGGUGCUGACACGUCGAAAUCUUAGUGGACACGUAAGAAAGUUUGAUUAGGAGUCGUGAAGGUGCCAACAAUUCAACCUGUUCUCAAAGGAAGAAUAAUCCAUUGCUUGGUAGGCUCGGAAGGGAGAAAUAAGAGUCAACGACUCCGUUCUUCCCCUUCUCUUCAUUCGACCCUCAAAAACCAUUCAGAUCCAAAGCGUCCCGUAACCCUUUUGCCAUAAGCAUGGACGCGAGAGUUGGGCUCUUAUUCCUUUUUGUGGUGGGUGCUAGUUGGGCCUGUAAUGCUAGAGAAUUGGGAAGAUCUGAUCUAUUCGCUGAAGAAACUAGGAUCCCUACUGUUUCAGUUUUGCGUUUAAAUCGCCAGGAGUCAGUAGAGGAAGUUCUAGCUGCAGCAAAAAAUGGCAGGAACGAAGAAGUGUGCACAAUGUGUGAAGAGUUUGUUGGUGAUGCACUUAAUUACCUUGCUGAAAACAAAACCCAGACGGAGAUCACUCACAUCCUUCAUAAGUCAUGCUCUAAGCUGCUCUCCUUCAAGCAGGAGUGCAUUACUUUGGUGGAUUAUUAUGCUCCUCUCUUCUUCUUGGAGGUGUCUUCAAUACAACCUGGGGAUUUCUGUAGAAAGGUCAAUCUCUGUGGACAAACAGUUUCCUUUUCUCAGCGUCUCUCCGAGGAUAGUUGUGGAAUUUGUCAUCAUGCUGUUGAAGAAGCUUUAUUAAAGCUGAAAGAUCCAGAUACCCAGUUGGAAAUAAUUGAGGUGCUUCUGAAGGCAUGCAACGCUGUGGAGAGCUAUGUAAAAAAGUGCAAGAGAAUGGUUUUUGAAUAUGGACCUGUGAUCCUCAUCAAUGCAGAGCAGUUUUUGGAAUCAAAUGACAUAUGCACCAUAUUGCAAGCCUGCGAUUCGCCUACUGCUAGUUCCAAGCAAGCAUUACCCGUGUCGAAAACAUCCAUGCUUUUUUAAAUCUUAAAGAUGAUAGUAAAGAAAGAGCAUAUUGAUUGUGUGUAUUCAUAACGAUAAAUGUAAUCGUAAAGACAGGCUUUCAGUUUGUUGUAAAUUAUGUCUAAACAAAAUUUGAAUUUGAUGCAAGAAACUGUUUGAUCUUCAAUGUCUGUGGUUCUGCAUUGUUAAGGGAAACAAAAUUACACAAUAACUUCUGC